UGUUUAUUAUUUUGGAAAGUACGUUCAAAAUUUGUUUUUCAUUUCAGAAUAGAAAUUACAAUUCACUCUUUGCGCUAAUUAUUUCAAAGAUACCAGGUACAGCCGUCUGUGAUCAUCUCCUGCGGGACGCCCCUUGCAGGGGUUCCUCGGGUAAAGGACAAAACUCGAAAAUUCGUUGGAUAGAAAAAAAGAGAGAAAAAAGAGGAAGGAUUGGCUGGAGAACAUGGAAUAAGAGGGGCAGGCGAAUUAAUCGCGGGCUAUCACACCGUCUGCCGUCAGUCUCCACUCUCUCCACGUACGAUCGUGAACGAGGGGUCAGACCAUUCCUGGUAAUCUACUACGUUACGCAGUUUAUAAGGAAGGACGGAUCGUCGAUUGCAACAUGGAGAUCGGCGUGCGGAUACUUGGUGCGGUGCAGCUAAUCAUUUCACUCCUUCUGAUCCCAGUAUUUUACCUGUUGUCAUUCAGGAAAAUCAAAUAUGUACCUCCAAUUAAAUCUGACUUGCUCAAACUCAGUGCUACACAAUUAGCGAAAAAAAUUAGAAAUAAAGAGCUCACUAGCCAAGAAGUAGUUGAAGCUUACAUUGCACGAAUAAGAGAAGUAAAUCCACUACUCAAUGCUGUGGUAGAAGAUAGAUUUGAAGACGCAAGACAAGAUGCGAUCAACGUAGAUAAGUUAAUAACAUCUGGUCAAAAAGACUCAAAGACAUUAGAAGAGGAAACACCACUUCUUGGAGUCCCCGUGACAGUGAAAGAGAGCUGUUGUGUAAAAGGUAUGUCUUACUGUGUUGGCUCAUUACCCAGAAUGGGCGUUAAGGCUGAGCAAGAUGGCCAGGCUGUUAGCAAUAUAAAAAAAGCCGGUGGGAUUCCAUUGUGUGUCACUAACACACCAGAACUGUGUUUGUGCUGGGAGAGUAACAACCUAGUCACCGGGAAGACGAACAAUCCUUAUAAUAUUUACAGAACCUCUGGUGGAUCAUCUGGUGGAGAGGGAGCACUCCUAGGUGCAGGUGCUUCUUUGGUUGGAAUCGGCUCAGAUAUUGCAGGUUCGAUUAGAAUCCCGGCAAUGUUUAAUGGAGUUUAUGGCCAUAAACCAACGCCGAGGAUGAUUUCUCUUGAGGGCCACUAUCCUAUAUCAAAAGAUGAUAAAUUUUCUAAGUUUUUAGUACUUGGUCCGUUGACCAGGUAUGUUGAAGAUUUGACUCUGAUGAUGAAAGUAAUGGGAGGAGAAAAUGCAAAAAUGCUUCAUUUAGACCAAGAGGUCAAUUUGGGUAGUAUUAAUGUAUUCUAUCAAGAAUCGGCUGGUUUUUCCCUUGUCAACGUAGGUGUUCAAGAUGAAAUAACAACAAGAAUGCUUGAAGCAGCUGCUUACUUGAAAAACAAUCAUGGAUGCACAGUUAGAAAAGGAAAUUUUGAUUUAGGCGACUCGGUUGAAAUGAGUGGUGCGGUGUUUUUAGGAUUAAAUGAUAUCCCCCAUCUUUUAGAUAUUUCAAAGAUAAAGAAAAGGACUGAGAUGAGCGUGUAUGUUGAAUUUUUCAAAUCUCUUCUUGGAUUAUCUGAGUUUUCUAUUAAUGGUAUGCUGUUCAUGCUUCUGCUUGAGCACAGAUUAAUGAUUUCUGAAUCGACAUAUCCUUACUACAACAAACUCAAUGAAAUGCUCAAGCAGUCAUUUGCUGAAUCUCUCAAAGACAAUGGAGUUUUACUGUACCCUACAUUCCCAGUAGCUGCACUCCAUCAUGGUGAAAUAUUUGUCAAAACAGCUGGUGUUAUGUACACAAUAAUUUUUAACUCAUUGGAACUACCGUCAACACACGUGCCACUAGGAUUAGAUAAAAAUGGCCUUCCAAUUGGCAUACAGGUUGUUGCAGCGCCAUACCAAGACAGGCUUUGUUUGGCCGUGGCAAAAGCCCUCGAUGAAAAAUACAGAGGAUGGAUUCCUCCUCCUUCUGCUUAAUUGUACAUACUUAAAUUUUACGCAACUGUUAAACAUUUUGAAAAUAUGUAUACAUUUUGAUUUCUUUUGUUUUGUAAUAAACUUCAUCUUUUUAUCAGAA